AUGGCCGCUGCGAGCUCCAGCAGGGCCAGGGCUGGGCUGCCCUGCGAGAAGUUCCAGCUCUCCGUGAAAGUUGUGUCCGUGAAGCCCAAGGCACACAGCCGCCUGUCACGGAUGAACUGCUACGUGGAGGUGGCAAGCGACGGGCUGCCCAGCGAGACCAAGAAGACGGGGAAGCAGAUCGGGAGCUCUGAGCUGCUGUGGAACGAGAUCCUUGUCCUCCGAAUCCCUCGGCUUUCCUGCCACGAUCUCCCCUACAGCUCCAGCUUCUGGACCUUGGAGAACAGGCAGCUCACCCUGGACCUGCAGACAGAGAACAAAGGCAGCGUUGUCUCCGGCGGAGAGCUGACGAUUUUCCUGGACGGGCCUGCUGUUGAUCUGGGAAGCUUGCCUAAUGGCAGUGCCGUGACAGAGGGGUCCCAGGUGCCUGGACGGGACCCCAGCAGCAUGGCUGCAGCCACAGAGGGCAGACACCAGCCUCCCAGUACAAACUGCUUUGGAAGCAGACCAAGGACGCACCGACAUGCAGGUGGAGUGGCCAGGCAAAACGCGGGGAGCGGAGAGCAGAGUCCCAGCACCAGGAGCCGGCACCGGCAGCAGGCCAAGAGCACGCAGCACGCCAGCAUGGCCAACGGCACGGCCAACGGCACAGUGAACGGAGACGCAGCGGGUGCUGCAGACAUCGAAGAGGAAAGGCCGGCAGCGGGAGAGACUGUACCGACCGUGGCGGCGUCAAGCGUGGCUGACAGCUCUGUCGCUCCUGCCCUUACCAGCUCUGGAGAGGCAGAGGAGGCAGCCUCCGGCUCCAGCGCCCCACCGGCCCGGGCAGCGGUGCUAGCCCUGGAUGCUCUGCCCCCCGGGUGGGAACAGCGAGAGCUGCCUAAUGGUAGAGUCUACUAUGUAGACCAUAACAACAAGACCACCACGUGGGAGAGACCUCUUCCUCCAGGGUGGGAGAAGCGUGUGGAUCCUCGAGGCAGGUACUACUACGUGGACCACAACACCCGGACCACCACAUGGCAGCGCCCCACGGCCGAAUAUGUCAGGAACUAUGAGCAGUGGCAGUCCCAGCGAAACCAGCUCCAAGGAGCCAUGCAGCAGUUCAGCCAAAGAUUCCUGUACCAGUCGUCCGGUGCCCCGUCUGACAAUGAUCCUCUCGGUCCCCUUCCUCCCGGCUGGGAGAAGAGACAGGACAAUGGGCGAGUGUAUUACGUGAACCACAACACACGGACCACCCAGUGGGAAGACCCUCGCACGCAGGGCAUGAUCCAGGAGCCGCCGCUGCCGCCCGGCUGGGAGAUGAAGUACACGAACGAGGGCGUGCGCUACUUCGUGGACCACAACACUCGCACCACCACCUUCAAGGACCCGCGCCCUGGAUUCGAGUCUGGGAGCAAGCAGGGCGGCUCCCCAGGGGCGUACGACCGGAGCUUUCGCUGGAAGUACCACCAGUUCCGCUUCCUCUGCCACUCGAAUGCGUUGCCCAGCCACGUGAAGAUCAGCGUUUCCCGACAGACGCUCUUUGAGGACUCCUUCCAGCAGAUCAUGAACAUGAAGCCGUAUGACCUGCGGCGCCGCCUGUACAUCAUCAUGCGAGGAGAGGAGGGCCUGGACUACGGCGGCAUCGCUAGGGAGUGGUUCUUCCUCCUGUCCCACGAGGUGCUCAACCCCAUGUACUGCCUCUUUGAGUACGCUGGAAAGAACAACUACUGCCUGCAGAUCAACCCUGCCUCCUCCAUCAACCCUGACCACCUCACCUACUUCCGCUUCAUCGGCCGCUUCAUUGCCAUGGCUCUGUAUCAUGGGAAGUUCAUCGAUACCGGCUUCACGCUGCCCUUCUACAAGCGGAUGCUGAAUAAGCGGCCCACGCUGAAGGACCUGGAAUCCAUCGACCCUGAGUUUUACAACUCUAUCGUCUGGACCAAGGAGAACAGCCUGGAGGAGUGCGGCCUGGAGCUGUACUUCAUCCAGGACAUGGAGAUCCUGGGCAAGGUGACCACCCAUGAGCUGAAGGAGGGCGGCGAGAGCAUCCGGGUGACGGAGGAGAACAAGGAGGAGUACAUCAUGCUGCUGACAGACUGGAGGUUCACGCGGGGCGUGGAGGAGCAGACCAAGGCUUUCCUGGAUGGCUUCAACGAGGUGGUGCCGCUGGAGUGGCUGCGGUACUUUGACGAGAAGGAGCUGGAGCUGAUGCUGUGCGGCAUGCAGGAGAUCGACAUGAACGACUGGCAGAAGAACACCAUCUACCGGCACUACACCAAGAACAGCAAACAGAUCCAGUGGUUCUGGCAGCGCCUGCCCGUCGGGGGGUUCGCAGAGCUCAUCGGCAGCAACGGGCCCCAGAAAUUCUGCAUCGAUAAAGUUGGCAAAGAGACGUGGCUGCCUCGGAGCCAUACAUGCUUUAACCGUCUGGAUCUCCCUCCCUACAAGAGCUAUGAACAGCUGAAGGAGAAGCUGCUUUAUGCGAUUGAGGAGACGGAAGGAUUUGGACAGGAGUGAUGGAGCUUUGGUGCUUUCCUGGGGCGGGGAGGGCCCUGGAGUGCUGCCGGCUGCGAGGUCCUGCCUGCCGGUGCCCAUGGAGCCCAGCACCGAGCCCUCUCCGCGGGAUGGUGCGCAGGCAGCUGCGGACGCUGUUGCUCUUGUUCCUGUGCGAGAUCUGCACUAACGUAGCCCUGGGGGAAACGGGUCCGUGUUUCCCUCCCCAAACAAAUUCGAGGCGUGACGGGGAGGUGGACACAAAAGCCUGGCUCCGCUCAGCUCGUGAGGGGCGUGGGCUGGUGCAGAGGGGAUGGGGCAAAGCCCUGGGCCUUGGCAGGCAGCGUGCGGUGCACCGAAGCUCCCCGGUCCCCUCUUGCAGACAGAGUUAAAUGAGAUCUGGUUUCAGCACAGGCUAUUUUUCCCCCUAGUGUUUUCUGCCUUCUCAUGGCGUUUUAAUACAUGCAGGUGAGGAGGGGAAACGGCUCUUGAACCAACUCUCAGGUCACUUUUGGGCCCUAUCCUACACCCAGCAAAGGUAACAGGGAACCCUCAGUCGAUGCUGCUGGGGCUGAUGCACCACGCGAGGGCCGAGGUGGCCCCUUCCCGCACCAGACCCGCGGCUGCCCAGACCCAGGUCCUGGCCGACCAUCUCCAUUGCGUGUUUUAAUUUGCAAGCGUGUGGCCCCUGUGCUGUUGUAUUUAAUAUUUAAAUAUUUAAGCAUUUAAGUGCUCGGAGCUGGUGCUCUGCAGCAGCCUCGGGGGCUCCGGUCAUGUUCGGGGCACAUCUGGCCUUUGCUUGGGUCGUGGGUUUGGCGCAAACUCCCUGUUCUCUCUGUCGCCGGCCGGGCUGGUGGCAGGAGCUCCCAGAGCUGCGGGUGAGGGCAGGAUCAGGCCUCUGCCCCUUGCCUGGAUGCCACCUCCACUGCUGCCCCCCUGCAGCGUGCACCGGGGAGACAGACCCGUGCGAGCGUUGGUGUACAUAGCUGUACAUAAAAGAAGUCUAUGGAUACAAGACACUGCAAUAGCUUUUGACUGGUAACUGGAUAGUUUUGUACUGCACCAUCCUGCCUCAGCGACGCCGACUUCUUGUGCAAUAAAUAAGCAGCUGC